GCGCUUGCGUUGGAUCCGGGAUCCUGCGCGGGAGAAGAAGCGCCUUCCCUGAAGUGAUUCCCGGCCGGUGCGGAACGCGCGCGGUCCUUUGAAAGAAAACAAGAGAGAGAAUAAAGAUGGAGGUUUCAACAGAGUCAAUCCCGGCACCACCGGAGGAACAACUAACAACCUCUAAGGUUCAGGACCUGGAAACACCCGUCGAUGUCGUACCUGAAGUACAAGAAGGUUCAAACAGUGAAGAGGAUCCAUCACCACCAAAAAAAAUGAAAAUGGAUCCAGAUUCUGGUUCUGCCAUCACUGAGCGAUUGAAAAUGUGCGACGACUACCAGCUGUUCCAGUUGUUAAAAUUCUACCGGGACAGACUGGAACGGGCGAUUGAAGAAGGGACGGACAGACUCAGCCUCAUGCUCAAAGAAGAGGGAUAUUUCACUGACCAAGAACAUUGUAAAGUCACUGAGCUCACGGAGAAGGGAAACCGGGCAGACAGUUCCAAACUUCUCCUAAAUCUGGUGAUGGAGAAGGGCUCUCAGGCACGAAGGAUGAUGUGGGAGUUCUUUGCAAAACAAUGCGAUGGGCGUCCAAAGUUAGAUAAAAUAUUGAAAGAAAUAGAAGAACUGGGAUCUGGUUCGUUCGACUGUAUGUACAUUGGGCAGGAUUUAUCUGAAAUUCCCAAUCAACUGAAAGAUGCUCAAGUGAAGCACAGAGAAACACUGCGGGAGCAGACUGAGUCGCUGCGAGUGAAUUCCAUCUUAAAGAAGGAGGUGGUUAAGAUAUUCGAGCUGGUUGAUCAUUACGCUGAGCUAUCGAUCAUUUGUACUCCUCGGGACACUCAGCUCGUGGAACAUGAGCUGCUGGCAAGGAGCCGAGAACAUGACGUGUGGAGAGAGAAGCAUCUCCGCAGAGAAAUGACCAAAAUUCAACCUGAUCAACUGUUCCAGGCCAGUCCUUCGGAAUCAGAAAACAAAUCCGGGAUCUCGUCAGCACUCAGUGGAGUCCAUGGCAUUGGAAAGACAACAAUGGUCCAAAAAAUUGUUUAUGACUGGGCCACAGAGAAAAUGUACCAGCAAUUUCAAUUUAUUUUCAGUUUUAAAUUCACGGACUUGAACUCUGUUAACUGUAAGAUAAACUUGAGUAAUCUUAUUCUUACUUUCUAUCCUUAUUUUGGGAAUGUCCUGGCAGAGCUGUGGAAGAGUCCGGAAGAAUUGCUGUUUAUAUUUGACGGUCUAGACGAGUUUAACGGGAGUCUCAACUUUGACAAUCCAAAACUUAUUGGAUCACAAUCCACGUGCACAGAUCCAGAGUUCCAGUGUGAGGUGUCGGACAUCGUGUGCAGUUUAAUACAACACAGGCUGCUCCCGGGAUGUUCGGUGCUAGUGACUAGCCGUCCCACAGCAUUGCAUUUGUUGGAAAAGGCGGCGAUCGGUGUCUGGGCUGAAAUCCUGGGAAUGGUUUGUGAUGAGCGUAAGGAAUACUUCAACAAGAUUUUCGAAGAUCAGGCAGUGGCAGCAGCUGUUUUCAAACACUUGGAGGAGAAUGAGAUCCUGUAUCCCAUGAGCUAUAACCCUUCCUACUGCUGGAUCCUAGGUCUGUCACUGGGUCCCUUCUUUACGCCAGGAGAUGGGAAGCAGCAGGAAGCUCCCAAGACCAUCACCCAGUUGUAUUCUCACUAUAUUUGCAACUUGCUGAAAAGCCAUAGCCAGGAGAUGGAAGAUCUCCGUGAUGUGUUUCUGAGGCUCGGUGAGAUGGCCUUCGCAGGACUCUCCGAGAAGAAAGUUGUCUUCACAAACCAAGAUUUGAUCAAAUACAAUCUACAACCUUCCCGGUUCCUGUCUGGGUUCCUGAUGGAUCUUUUGAGAAGAGACGAUUCCCCACAGAGUGCGAUGCAUGCAUUCCCACAUCUCACCAUCCAGGAGUUUGUGGCUGCGCUCGCACAGUUCCUGACUCCCGAACCAAAGGACAUCGGGAAGCUCCUGAACGAAGCCCAAAGCAAGGAAGGUGGGCGAUUCGAGAUCUUCCUCCGCUUCGUUGCUGGUCUCUCCUCCCCGCAGUCGGCUCAGCCCCUGGAGGAGUUUCUGGGUCCGUUUCUGAAGCAGACAACCUCUCGAGUGACUGACUGGGUGAAGGAGAAAGUGAAUGGACAGCUUGUAAACACAAAGAACAAAAUUGGGAAAAGGAACCACAUGAACACGUUGCACUAUUUGGCAGAGUCUCAGAAUAAAACACUGGCGCAGUCCACAGUCGGGUCUGUAGAGACAUUUAAGUUUUGUGGGUUACGACUGACCCCGGUUGACUGUGUGGUUCUGUUUCACGUGAUUGGACUCUGCAAUACAAUAAAACACCUCAAUCUAGAGAACUGCUUCAUUCAGUACGAAGGACUACAGCGACUGGGCCCUGUCCUGCACAAAUGCCGCGAGUUGAGACUGGGAAGAAAUAAGCUGGGAGAUCCUGGAGUUAAACUAUUAGCUGCAGCUCUGAUGAACCAAGACUGCAAAAUACAGAAACUGGAACUGAAGAGUAACGCUCUCACAGAUUGUUGUGCUGAGGAUCUUGCCGCUGCUCUUGGAACAAAUCAGACAUUGGUGAUUCUGUCCCUGAGUAAUAACAAACUGGGCGAUUCAGGAGUCAAACUGCUGUCCGUGGCUUUGAGGAACCCUGACUGUAAAAUACAGACAUUAGUGCUGAAGAAUAACUCUCUCACAAAUUGUUGCACUGAAGAUCUAGCCUCCACUCUUAGCACAAACCGGUCGCUAACGGACCUGAUUCUAGGUGGGAAUAAACUGGGUGAUUCAGGAGUGAAACUACUGUCCACAGCUCUGAGGAGCCCCGACUGCAAGAUCCAGAAACUGCUACUGUGGGAUGUUGGGAUCACCGAUUCUUGUACUGAGGAUCUAAUUUCUGCUCUCAGUACAAACCGGAUUCUGACGGAUCUAAACCUGGGGUCAAACGCCUUCACGGAUCGAUCGGUCCCUGCUUUCUCCCACCUCAUACAGACGUGCAGGAGUCUAAAGUGGAUUUGGCUAGGGCGAAAUCGGUUCAGUCCAAGCAAAAAGAGACACCUCAAAUUGCUGCAGAACUCCAGACCCGGGCUGAGCGUCGAAGUAUGAACGUUUCAGUUUGUUGUUGUUGCUGGUCUUGUUACGUGAACAGUUUGGGCCGAUUUUCAAUUCCUUCCCUUUAAUCGGCCACCCUCCGGGUUGAGAUCCUCUUGGCUGUUUGCUCGUUCCAAGCUCGAGCCGAGCCCUAGUGCCACCCCCACCACCCCGUUCGUGAUGCCAGGGGGCACAGGGUCAUGAGACUCGGUCGCCUGGCCCCAGGGCUCUGCUUUUGCAGGGGUAUCUUGGCCUGAAUGUUCCCUGCUUCAAGCUCUGAGGAAAUGCGUGCUCAGGAAGGGGCCGUCCUGGGGCUCAGUCUGGCCAGUAGUACGAACACUCAGUAUUUCUGGGUUAUUAGAUACACUCUCAGUGCCCACACUCAGUGUCAGUUCCCGUCAAUCCUCCUGGCAAACGAGCGUGAGUGAAUUCAGGAUGGAAAUACGGUAUAUUCAGCUGGGAUUGAUUCCAUCAUCCAGAGGCGGUGAGCAUCUCAUGUCGGCUUACCCCAUGCUGGGUCAACAAGCCGAGAGGAGAAAGCAGCAAACGGCUACGUGGGAAUCUGCCCUUGUGGGGUUGUUUAGUGGGCAUUUGCAGUUUUCAGGCCCCCGAUCUUCCUGUAAUUCUGGCGUCGUCAUGGGAACCGGUGUUACCCAAGGAAAUUUAGAAUUACUGCAGACUGAAUUUUAAAAUGGAUUCGUUGUGGAUCGUGAGAUGUUUCAAAAGAGCUGAUGAUCCCAUGGAACAUACUGCAAAAUGGAGGUACUAAUGAACGGACUUGUAUAAACCUGUAUUUGCGUGGCUUUGUAUAAUGAUGCACAACUUGGAAAUGUUUCCUACUUUGUUAAACUUCACCUCUGCAUCACGCUGCCUGGAUUAAAUAAGUAAA